AUGUCCACUCAAAUUGCCCUCGCCCUUACCGAGAUUGGGAAGCCCCUAACCAAGAUAUCUGUACCUGGUCCUGAUACAUUCGAGCUCGGGGCAAAUGAGCUCUUGAUUAAACUCACAGCUGCCGGCCUUGCGCCCCAUGAUCAGAAGAUCCGCGACAGGAACUUGAUGAACGUUGGGAGUAGACUACCCGCGAUCCUAGCAGGCGACCUAGUCGGUACCGUCGUGAAGGCUGGUACAGAUGUGUCUUUAUCAUUCCCUAUUGGCGCCCAGAUCUUAGCACAAGCCUCUUUCAAGGUCCCGACUGAUGGCGGGUUGCAAAGUUACACUGUAGUCAACGGGUCAUUCGCUGCAAUCGUCCCACCAGGAAUCCCUGCGACAGAAGCAGCACUCUAUCCCAUCAACGCCUUCACCUCGGUCAUGGCCCUGUUCACCCCUGCGGGCUUUGGACUGCCCUUCCCGCAGACCCCUGAGUCACAAACCUUCGACUAUGCGAGCCAGAAACUGGUCAUUAUCGGAGGCGGCUCGAAUACAGGCAAACUAGCCGUUCAAUUCGCACGAAUCGCAGGCAUUGGAACGAUCAUUGCCAUGGCGUCUCUCUCCAACACGACCGCCUUGAAAGAGUUCGGCGCAACACACGUCAUUGCGAGGCAAGACCCGGACAUUGAAUCCCAAGUCCGCCAGAUCGUUGGGGACGACUUGAUCUACGUCUUUGACACUGUCUCAACCGGAGAGUACAGCCUUGCCUUGUCUCUCCUGUCGAGCACGAAACGCGGGACACUCAUUCAUCUCGUUGGUGGCAAAAUGGACGAAGCUCUCAUUGCCCAGAAGAAGGCCGGCGUCGACCACAGACAUAUCUCAGGAUUCUCAGGUGCUAUCCCAGAGUUUGGAAGGUUGUUCUGGAAAGUCUUCUCGUCUUGGCUGGAGAGCGGCCAGGUCAAGCCAUUGCCUUACACCGUCAUCGAGGGCCUGGACGCGGAUAAGGUGAAUGCCGCUCUAGACCAGUACCGCGACGGGACGGGCUCAGUGCGCUACCAUGUUAAAUUGUAG